GCUUUGCCCGGUCGCAGCUGCUGGUGUCCGCGGUGAGUCUGAGCUCCUCGACGCAGCCGCUCCGGGUUUGUGGACGCGAGGCUUCUUCGCCGCCCGGCUUUAAAGUUAGUCCGCCGUGUUUUGACCGGAGUGACUGAGUGAGAAUUUCACUUGGACGCUACGAGGCCUGUGAUGGGCGCCGCUUCCUCAGCCUGAAUUUCGCCUAAUUGCUGUCCCCCAUGAUGAGCUCCUCUCCUGACCCUGCUGCUGAGUCCGUACCCCCUGUCCUGCAGCUAGCAAAGGCAUCCGACCAGGAUGAUCCCCCUGCUCUCUUUCCUGUGCUCUACCCCUCCCCCUUGGCUGUGGAGAGGGGGACCGUGUGUAUCCCGUCUCCGUUUGCGGAUGCUGAGUUUACCACCAAUGCACUGACCCUUGGACCCCCAAUUUCAGACAGCCCCAUGGUGGGACCCCCUCUCAGCCCUUCGCUCUUCUGGACUUCACACAAUGCACACACACACGCCCUGCACUGCCCACCGCAGCUGAUGUAUGGAGAGACACACGCCACCUGGGUGGAGGCCAAGCCACAUGCAACAGGCAGCAGCAGUACUUUAUCUCAUGGGAAGUUGUUUGGGAAGCAGUUGGAAGACGCUGAUGAAGUCAUGAACAAAUCUUCCUCCACUGUUAUGACCAAAUCUGACCUGCAUUUCUGCGUGGUGUGCAGUGAUUACGCUUCAGGGUAUCACUACGGCGUCUGGUCCUGCGAGGGCUGCAAGGCUUUCUUCAAGAGGAGCAUUCAAGGACACAAUGACUACAUUUGUCCAGCCACCAACCAGUGCACGAUCGACAAAAACCGCCGCAAGAGCUGCCAGGCCUGCCGGCUGCGCAAGUGCUAUGAAGUGGGCAUGAUGAAGUGUGGUGUAAGAAGAGAGCGGUGCAGUUAUCGAGGGCCUCGUCACCGCCGGGCUCCUCACGUCCGGGAUGGCUCCGUUGCAGUCGCAGGAGUCAGAGCUCAUUCCCAGCGGCAUCAGCAGCCCCACCUCCAUCUCUCCCUCUCUCUCUCGGGCCACGCGGGGUCCAGCCUAUCCCCCGAGCAUCUGGUCCACUGCAUGCUGGACGCAGAGCCGCCGCAGAUUUACCUGAAACAGCAGCUGAAUAAGCCCUUCACUGAGGCCAGCAUGAUGAUGUCACUCACAAACCUCGCUGACAAAGAGCUCGUCUUUAUGAUCAGCUGGGCCAAGAAGAUACCAGGUUUCGUGGAGCUGAGCUUGCCUCUACAGGUGCAGCUGCUGGAGUGCUGCUGGUUGGAGGUGCUGAUGCUGGGUCUCAUGUGGAGAUCUGUAGAUCAUCCAGGAAAACUCAUCUUCUCCCCUGACCUCAAACUCAACAGGGAUGAGGGGAGUUGUGUGGAGGGUAUUAUGGAGAUCUUUGACAUGCUCCUGGCCGGCUCCUCCAGGUUCAGAGAGCUGAGGCUGCAGAAGGAGGAGUACGUCUGCCUCAAAGCCCUCAUCCUGCUCAACUCCAACAUGACCUCGGCAGAGACGGAUUCAGAGCUGGAGAGCAGGUCUAAGCUGCUGCGGCUGUUGGACUCGGUGACAGACUCUCUGGUCUGGGCCAUCUCCAGAACAGGCCUGUCCAUGCAGCAGCAGUCUGCCCGCCUCGCACACCUCCUAAUGCUGCUGUCACACAUCCGCCAUCUCAGCAACAAAGGCAUGGAGCACCUUUCCAACAUGAAGAGGAAGAACGUGGUUCUGCUGUAUGAUCUGCUGCUGGAGAUGCUGGACGCUAACACAGCUUACAGCAGCCGUAUGUCAGCCCAGUGCGCUGACCCCCGAUUCACCUCUCCAGUGGACGCCAACCCAGUCCGUGAGCUCCAGAGUCCAGUGGCCCAGCGCCUCGUGCAGAGUGUGGAGGAGCAGCAUGGCCAGGGCUGACCCAAAUGCAUCUCAGACAAAUCUCAGACACUGCCCACCGAAAAGACCCUGACGUUGUAAAUCAGCUUUGCACUACAUCAUCCUGUUUCAUUACCCUACCAGCAUGUCCACUCAAUCUGGCCCCUUCUGUUUGACUUUGGGGAACCCCGCUGACCACUUUGUUUGUUUCCAGAAUAGAGAAGUUUGCUACAAGGACCAUCUGAGGGAGAAGUGACUAAAUGGAUCCAAGAAAAUGAGAAAUUUUGCAAUUUGUGCAGAAUUUCAGAAGUUCAGGAAACUCAGAUUGUGCGGAAUUUGAAACAUUCAGCUCAUGCAGAAUUUGAUCAGCUUUGGAAAUGCACUAACUCAUAUUGUACUGAAUUUUAGAAAUUUUAGACAUUCAGAAAUUUAGAUUGCAGUGAAUUUCAACAAUUUUAAAAUUCAGACUGCCCAGAAUUUCAGGAAUUUUCUCUGGACAUUUGUAACUUCUCAGAACUAUCUGCUAAACUUAAAACUGCUGUUUUCAGAAAAAUCCAGAAAUGCAGAAAUUUUAUUACACUUAAUUUCUGAAAUUCAGAAAUUUGUGCAUUUUUCCGAAUUUUGCGUUAGAAGUUUAGGAAUUUCAGAAGUAAAAUCCAAGAAUGUAACUAUGUUUCCUUUCUAGUUUGGUGCGACACACGUUGGAGAAGUUUGUUUUUUCUGUGUGGGUGUGAUGGGAAAAAACCCAUCAUUUACAGAAAGCAUCACUUACAGUAUCAUUCAAACAUUUUGCCAGGUCUCCUGAUGAUGGGUCCUCCUUAUUAUUAUUAUUAUGUUAAAGGAUAAUAAUGAACAUCAAAAGUAUGACAUAACCUGCAAAGAGCAACACCGUCAUAAAUCUAAACGAUAAUAUCAAGCACAAAUGUUUAAGCUUAAGCCUUUCAACUGAUUUUUAAAAUUACAAAUACAAUUUUUUCAUUUCAAAUCCAAA